AUGGUCCCCUGGGGCCUUGGAGUAAUGCUCAUCUGCCUUUUCCUGGGCCUGACAGAAGAAGAGAAUCUUCAACAGGCCGUCCUUGCGCAGCCAGAGAGCCUCGUCGUCUAUGAAGGGGAAACGGCUCUGCUCAAGUGCAAAGCGGAGAACACGUCCAGCAUCGUGCAGUGGGCGAAGGCCGGGCUUCUGCUCGGCCCCAACCGCAACAUCCCCGGGUUCCCCCGCUACAGCAUGGUGGGAGACCCUAGCAAAGGCGAGUAUAAUCUGCAGGUAACAAGAAGCCGGCUGGAAGAUGAUGCCUUGUACGAGUGUCAGGUGGGACCCUCUGAGAGAAGCGGCGCCGUCGUCUCGCACAGCGUGUCACUCAGCGUGCUCGUGCCCCCUAAGACACCGCUCCUUACAGAGUACCAGGCCAACAGCACAGUGACUUGGGUGGCUGGCGUGGAGUACACAGUCAACUGUCAGGUGAACGAUGCCCGGCCUGCUGCAGAAAUUGCCUUCAGCAAGGGUGAUGACAAUAUACUAGAUGCUGAAUCUAGCACCCAGCCAGGAUCUGAAGACAAACUCUUCAGCACCCAGGCUAUGCUGAGGAUCACCCCCCAGAGUUCAGACAAUAGGAAAUGGCUGAUAUGCCGAGCUUCUAACGCCGCCUCUUUCAUCCCAGCGGUUGCCGGUUUCGCCAUGAAUGUCCUAUUCCCACCUGAUGCACCUGUCAUCUUGGGCUAUGAGGGCACCGUUGUCAAAGCCAAGGACAAGCUCAAGCUGACCUGCGUUUCUCUGGGUGGGAAUCCUCUGGCCACCCUGCAGUGGCUGAAGAACGGGGAAGUCAUUUCCACCAACUGGGAGACGGAUGAUACUGGCCAAUUGUCCCGGAGUUUCCUGACUCUCAGCCUGACAGCAGAAGACAACAAUGCUACAGUGACCUGCCAGGCCUUGAACCAAGUAUUAUCCCUCCCACUGCAGGCCAGCUUCACUCUGCAAGUGGUCUUUUUCCCUGAAGAGGUGAAAAUCAUUGGCUCAAGCAGCACACCAGAAAACAAGGACAUCUCUGUGAGUUGCUCCACCUCCUCAAGCAACCCCCCUGUGCAGUUGCGCUGGUGGCUGGGCUGGAGGGAACUCAACGCCACCGAAGUCAGCAUCUCAGAGGGAACUCAUGGAGGAAUGAUCACAGUCUCUAACCUGACACACAAGGCACUCCGAGAAGACAAUGACCUGCCGCUGACCUGUGAGGCCUUCAAUGAAGCCAUCCUGUAUGCCAAGAAGGCUAGUGUGACCCUCAAAGUACUAUAUCCACCCCAGAAGAUCUGGAUUGACGUGCCUCCACCCGAAAUACAGUUUCGAGCCGGCACCCAAGUCAAGCUAACUUGUUUUGCCAGUGGUGGAAAUCCUUUGCCCCGCCUCGACUGGUUCAAGGAUACCAAGGUGGUGAGGGAUGGAAUAGCGGCACCAACGGGGCCGUCCGGAAAUAUCGUGUCCAAGGAGUUGCUCCUGACCACUGUCCCCAGCGAUAACAUGGCUACCUACCGCUGCAACGCCUCCAGUCCCUCCAGGACCCAGCCUCCGCUCACUGCCUACACUCGCCUGCGUGUCCAGUUCCCGCCCCUGCAGGUAACGAUUACUACGACAAGCAAAGAAGUCAGACGCAACCAGACGCUGAAGCUUACCUGUCGGUCAGGAAGCAGCAACCCUCCUGCCAAACUUACUUGGCUCAAAGAUGGAAAGAAGUUGGACGCAAUUGACCUUGGGCAGAAGAAGGCAGAGUAUGGAGGCUUCUCCACUUCAGGCCAAGUGACGCUGGUGGCUUCCUCCGCAGAUCACGGGAAGAGGGUGGAAUGCCAUGCGUACAGCUCUGUUCUCUCGGAAGGUGUAAAUGCCUUUUACCAGCUCAAUAUCCUAUUUCCUCCAGAGUUCUCCAUCGAGCAGCCCCAUGCAGUGCAAGUUGCAGAGUACGAAGUCAUCCGGCUGCCUCUGCUGGUCUCUGCCAGCCCUCCCGAGGUCGCCUACCGCUGGAGCUUCCUUGGAGAGGUACUUCUGACAGAGGGUUCCCCACGAUACCACUUGCGGGACGGUGGAUCUCUGGAGAUCUCGAAUGUCAUACGUGCAGACUCUGGCCAGUACUCUGUCCGCUGUGAGAACGCCGAAGGGUACAGCGAGACGACCAUCUUGUUGGAUGUCCAGUAUGCACCAACCAUCCGCGGCAUCGGAGACCCGACCACUGUGGACCUGGGGGGCACAGCUGAGAUUGUGUGUCAAGCUGAUGCCAACCCUGCCCCUGUGGGCAUGUUCAAGUGGAGAUGGCUGGGCGAGUUGGACCGUAGCCUGGAAGAGAUGGGCAUUGAGCUGCUGUCCGAAGGGCUGGUGGGGCGGCUGCGUGUCCAGGAGGCAAAGCGAUCUCACGCCGGACUCUACGAAUGCCAGGUAGACAACGGCAUUUCCCCAGCAGCGCGGAGCAGUGCCCUAUUGGUUGUGCAAUUUCCACCAGAGAUCACGAAGAGCCCUGGAAUGAGAAAAGUGGGGGCUACGGCAGAUGGGAUAAGCACCGCCACUCUCCUGUGCCACGCCCAAGGUGUUCCCCCGGUGGAAUUCAGUUGGGCAAAGAAAGGGGUUGCCCUCGAUCUUCAGAACCCCAGGUACACAGUUCUCACGGAACACAAAGCAUCCUUGCACACCGGCAUUUUAACCAUCGCCAAUGUGAGCUCAGCUCAUGAUUAUGGCUUCUUCACCUGCACGGCCAGCAAUGUGAUGGGCGCCGAUAAGCUCGACAUCCAGCUGCUUAGCAUCGGCCGCCCUGACCCCCCGACAGGGCUAAAGGUUGUCGCUGUUGGCCACAACUGGCUGGCUUUGGAGUGGACUCCUGGCUUUGAUGGGGGACUUAAGCAAAGCUUUCAUCUGAGGUAUCAUCAGCCAGGUACCCCCAGCUUUCUGGAGGUUGAUGUCUUCCCACCGCAGUCACCCAUGUUCACUCUGACAGGACUGCACCCAAACACUCCCUACAACGUCUCUGUCAGCGCCCGCAAUGCUCUUGGCGCAAGUGACUUUACUGAUGGUGGUAUGGGGCUUAUUGUUACCACUACAGAGAGCCCUGUGUUACCCCUUUUCCUUACUGAGCUUCUCGGUGCCCUGGGAGGAUUCCUCAUCAUUGGCAGUCUGUCCUUCCUGGGCUACCUUCUCUAUAAGCGGCAGGCUCAAGCCCUGAAAGGAGAUGGGACCAAAGUAGGAGCCGGGUCAAAGGUGCGAAGUGAGAACAACUAUGCGGAAAACAAAUGGCUGAAAUUCGGUGCAAAGCCAGCACAGUUGGAGGAGCCCAGCUCGGAGACCAACACCUCUAUCAAGGGUAGCUCUGUCGAGACAACAACCGGCUCUGCAGCCACGGCACAGCCCUGGUCCCGGCUGGGCCGCCAUGCCGAGAGCGAGACUGAUGCCAGCAUUAUGGAGCCCUCCGGAUUACCCCCGUGGCUCAGCUCCCCAGAGCCCCAUGAGUAUGAAGAAGUGAUGGCAUCCCCAAAAUACAAGGGAAAGGGACCGCUUUACCAUGCCUGGUACCCGGAAGAUGCACCGUGGAUCUCUGAGUAUGAGGGACCCUAUCAGCAGAGCAGAAGAUCACUGGCGGGCUACGAGGAGAUCAUGCCAAUUUACGACUCCGUCGCCGAUUCUCCACCACUCAGCAGGGACAGGGCGUUGCCUUUUGAGCAUCUAGGGGAACUGGUCUGA